AUGAAUAAGGAACCCCUUUGUGGUUCCAAGGGUUUGACGCAGCUGGACCUUCCCAAAAGGGUGAGGCGCCUCCUGCUUUCCUUAUGGGUUUUCAAGAUGGAGCUCGCAGAGGAAAAGAGAGAUGGAGGGAGUUCUUUGUUUGAUGGGUAUUUGCCCUUCACGCACGGAUUUCUGUUGGUUCCCACCAUAGCUCCCUGUUUUGACCGUCUUGGAGUUCUAACAAGCGUGGAGCGCGACGCCAGACUUUUCAUAAGGCUUUGGGUUGGGCUUAUAUGUACAGCGUUGGGUCAUCAGCUUGUUACUUCCAUCGCUUGA